GUAACGCAGCGGACCUUGAAGAAUUUGCUGGAGGCCGCAGCUGCCUGGUCCUGCUGAAAGCUUGCUCUUUGAUGGGCGAGAAUUUUGGCUCAGGGCCCAGGACGACAAAGCGUUCCCUGGACUCAACAAAUGGCCGAAAGGUGAAGCAACAGAUUUUGCUGAUCAUCCUCGAGGUUGGAGAGAGUGGAGGCUGUGACUACAAAGACAUCUCUUCAAAGCGCUUUGAUGCUGGCAAUUCCUGCGACAUUAGAUUUGAAACAGCGCGUGGCUUUACGCCUAGUUCUCUGCGGCAAUCCCAUGAAGUAUCAUUAGCGAGGGGCGCAGCGGACCACUGCCAGAAAGCAGUCAUUUCUAGACAUGCGCCUGGUCUCUAUGUGGAGGUGCAACAGCUCGUGUGUGAGAAUGCGCUGAUGGUCCCUGGACACCAUGUUUCAAGAUCACGGUGGUCUUGA